AUGGUCAACGAAACAGCACACGAGUCUUCAUCUUCGAUGGUGAAUUAUUUGUCAUUUUUUGUGAACGGAAAAAAAGUAAUUGAACAUAAUGUGGAACCCGAAUGGACUCUUCUAUGGUUUCUUCGAAAUAAAUUGGGUCUCACUGGUUCUAAAUUGGGAUGCGGAGAAGGUGGAUGUGGAGCAUGUACGGUACUUGUUUCACAAUGUGUUGAUCCAGAUUCAGGCCAUAUCGAACAUCGAACAGUCAAUGGUUGUUUAGCACUUGUCUGUUCUGUCGAUGGUUGUCAUGUUAUCACUGUCGAAGGACUAGGCUCCGUAUCCAAAUCGAAUCUUCAUCCUAUUCAGUCACGUCUAGCCGAAAUGUUUGGUUCACAAUGUGGCUUUUGUACACCAGGUAUUAUUAUGUCUCUAUAUGGAACGAUCACUUCAUUACCCAAUUCUUCAUCAUUAACAAUGCAUGAUAUCGAAGAAUCGUUAGAUGGAAAUCUAUGUCGCUGUACUGGAUACCGUCCGAUUCUUGAUGCAGCUAAAACAUUUGCUAAAGAUAUUAACCAACUACCUUGUAAAAAAUCAUCGACAUCGAAAAUAACAUCCACCACGUUUGAUAAAUGCCAUUCGUUUGUCGAAAAGAAUCCAUCAUCAUUGUCUCAAGUCGAAUUUCCUCAAGAAUUGCUCCAUUAUAUACCGCAAUCUAUUUACAUAAAAGGAUCUUUAAUCGAAUGGUAUCGUCCGGUGACGCUCAGUGAACUACUUCAUUUACGUCACACUUAUCCAGGUAGUGCAUCGAAACUAGUUUUUGGUAAUACAGAAGUUCAGAUUGAAACCAAAUUCAAACGAUUAAAAUAUCCUCGCUUAAUUGCCGUGACCCAUGUUAAGGAAUUAAAAGAAAUGCAACGAACAGCGAAUUCAUUGAUUUUGGGUGCUGGUGUAACACUGACUCAGCUUCAAUCGAAAUUAGUCGAAUGGAAUGAUGAAAAAAUUGACGGUGGGAUUUGUCAGUCACUCAUCGAUCAAUUAAAAUAUUUCGCAUCGACACAAAUACGUAAUGUUGCCUCGCUUGGUGGAAAUGUUGUCAAUGCUUCACCAAUUUCGGAUCUGAAUCCGGUGCUGCAGGCUGCGAAUACUGAACUGGAACUUCGUCGAACUAAAGACAAUUCCGUUCGUUUUGUGUCAAUGCAUGAAUUUUUUCUUAGCUAUCGUCGAAUAGCGAUGACAGAUGACGAAGUACUCGUUGCUGUGCAUAUUCCUCUUCCGAAACCAUCGACCAAAUAUUUUUUACGUGCAUAUAAACAAGCACGUCGACGAGAUGAUGAUAUCGGCAUUGUUAGUGCCGGCCUUCAAGUUCAAGUUGAACCAGUGAAAUCGGAGGUGAACCAAUGGCGUAUUGUUUCGGCUCGUUUUUCGUUUGGAGGUAUGGGACCAACAACUGUGAUGGCGAUUAACACACAGAAAGAAUUGAUCGGGCAACUAUGGACAAAAACAGUCAUAGUCAAAGCGUGUCAAUCAGCUCUAAAAGAGCUACCACUCGAUGAGAUGACACCAGGUGGUCAACCGGAAUACAGACGUACUUUGCUUCAAUCGUUUAUGUUUAAAUUCUAUCUUUAUGUCUGCACAAAACUACGUCCAUCAUUCGUCGAUGAAGUAGAUCUUUCCGCAGUCUAUCCCUAUGAUCGACCAGUAUCACAUGGCCAACAAAUCAUACCUGAAAGGUCAGAAUCACAGAAAGUUGUUGGCACAUCCUUGCCUCAUCGGUCGUCUUAUCUACAAACGACCGGCGAAGCAAAAUAUACCGAUGAUAUGCCAUCAUUGCCAGGUACUCUUCAUGCUGCACUAGUACUUUCAACUCAACCGCAUGCUCGAAUCAAAAAUAUCGAUAUUGGUGCUGCUUCGCAUGUGCCUGGUUUUGUUACAUUUGUUAAUCAUCAAGACGUACCCGGUCGUAAUGAUACUGGUGACAUGGUCCAAGAUGAAGAGGUGUUUAUUUCAUCGAUUGUUCAGUGCGUUGGAGCGAUCAUUGGUAUUGUUGUUUGCGAAACAGAAGCAGCAGCUUAUACAGCUGCGGGUCUUAUUCAAAUCGAAUAUGAACUGUUGACACCAACAAUUUUGACUAUUGAAGAUGCAAUUCAGCAAGAAUCGUUUAUAGGCGAUGAACAGCGCCUUCGGCAAGGUAAUCCUGAGAAAGCUCUUGCUGAAGCUGAACACACGCUAACAGGAACAUUGUUCAUCGGUGGUCAAGAGCAUUUCUAUCUCGAAACAAACUGUUGUAUGGCGAUACCAUCGAAUGAUGAUCACGAAUUAACAUUAUAUUCAUCGACACAAAAUCCAAGCAAAACUCAAGAGUUGACUGCAUUGGCACUUGGUAUUGAUUCUAAUCGCGUUACAUGUCGUAUUAAACGAAUGGGCGGAGCAUUCGGUGGCAAAGAAUCAAGAUCAAUCACUCCAUGUGUUGCUACGGCAGUGGCUGCCGUCAAGGUCGGUCGUCCGGUUCGCCUUAAUAUGGAGCGAGAUAUCGAUAUGUGUGUUACCGGGCAACGACAUCCGUUUAAAAUCGACUAUAAUAUUGGUUUUACUAGUGAAGGUCGUUUCUCAGCAUUGGAUGUUCGUUUGUGGAAUAAUGCGGGAUGUUCCUUUGAUCUUUCUAUGAACGUCAUGGUACGAGCUAUGCUUCACAUUGAUAAUACAUAUCAAUUUCACAAUGUUCAAGUACGCGGUCGAGUUUGUAAAACAAAUUUACCGUCUAAUACAGCAUUUCGUGGUUUUGGCGGGCCGCAAGCGUUACUAGCUUGUGAAACAAUUGUUGAGCAUGUAGCUGCUCAUCUUAAACUCGAUCCAUUCGUUGUUCGCCGUCUUAAUCUAUAUCAAGAAGGAGACUUAACACAUUUCGCUCAACCAUUAGAACGGUGGAACAUUCCACGACUUUUCGAUGAACUUGUUAAAUCGAGUGAUUUCAUUGAACGACAAAAGAGUGUUGAAACAUUUAAUAAACUAAAUACUUAUCGAAAACGUGGUAUAACUAUUCUAACAACUAAAUUUGGCAUUGCCUUUACAGCAAAAUUUUUCAAUCAAGCUGCUGCCCUUGUACAUAUUUACAAGGAUGGAUCGGUAUUGCUCACACAUGGAGGUACUGAAAUGGGUCAAGGUCUUCAUACUAAAAUGAUUGCUAUCGCUGCUGAAGCGUUAGGUUGUGAUGUUAACAAAGUACAUAUUAGUGACACAUCGACGGACAAAGUAGCUAAUACCAGUCCAACAGCUGCAUCGGUGUCGUCGGACCUUAAUGGAAUGGCUAUUCAAAAUGCAUGUGAACAGAUUCGUCAACGUUUGGAUGCAAUACGUGCCCGUGAUAGUAAUAGUCAUCUAUCAUGGGAAGAUAUCGUCAAACGAGCUUAUUUCGAACGUGUGGAUCUAUGUGCACACGGAUUUUAUUCCGCACCCGACAUAAUAGGGGCAGAUUUUGUCAACAACCGAGCUAGUUACAAUUAUUUUACACAAGGUGCAGCAGUAAGCGAAGUAGAAUUAGAUACUUUGACUGGUGACUGGCAUCUGUUACGCGCAGAUAUUCUUAUGGAUGUUGGCACUUCACUUAAUCCUCAGAUUGAUAUUGGACAAAUCGAAGGGGCUUUUAUUCAAGGUCUUGGCUUAUUUACAAUGGAAGAACUAAUCUAUGGUGAUUAUACACAACAUAAAUGGACCAAACCAGGUGCACUAUUUACUCGAGGACCAAGUACAUACAAGAUUCCAUCAUUCAGUGAUGUACCACUUGAUAUGCGUGUAUCACUUCUUUCCGAUGCACCCAAUCCUCUAGCGAUCUAUUCAUCAAAAGCUAUUGGUGAACCACCGCUCUUUCUUGGUGCAUCGGCCUUUUUUGCACUGAAACAUGCUUGUAUCGCCUACCGAGAGCAGCAGGGUUUAUCGGACUAUUUCACCCUUCAUUCACCGGCCACUGUCGAAAGAUUACGCAUGGCUUGUGCUGAUGAAUUUACACAACGUGCAUGUCCGAAAGAACAUGAAACAUUCCAAGCACGAGGAUCAUACUAA